AUGUCCAACAUCCAGCCGAAAAGCUUAUCUUGUCAAUAAUCUCGGAGCUUACUUCAAAUAUUCACAAUGUGCGACUUCCUGUCGCACACCCUAUUGCUACGCCCAGCAAUUGGGACUGCAAGGUGAUGGUCAUGACUGCUCAGAUCCCAAGCUAAAACUUGAUACACCGAUGUCGUCCUCGUCGUGUGCUUGGGUGGCGGUUUCAUCGUUGAACCUUCCUUCCUCUGCUCUACAAACAAAUCAAGCUGCUAAUCCACACAACUAACAAUCCAGGUAGAGGAUUGCUAGAAGUCAGAUCUUAUUGUCGAAACAAUGUUGAAUCCUUUUUCCUACUUCCACUUGCCCGCCGAUUUCGUUGGAUCAUUCCUUGUAUCACAAUUCACGAAGCUGCCAUAUCCUGAUGCCGAUUUCAAAGGCCAGACAAUCAUCGUUACGGGUGCCAAUGUCGGGUUGGGUCUCGAAGCCGCAAGACACUUUGUACGACUAGGGGCCUCGAAGGUUAUACUUGGCUGCAGGAACAAGGAGAAAGGUGAUGGAGCAAAGAGGAUAAUUGAGGUAACUACAGGGCGUAUGAAUGUGGUUGGGGUAUGGCAGGUCGAUCUCAGCUCUUACGAGAGUGUCAGACAAUUCUGCGAGCGGGCUUCGAAGCUGGAACGUUUGGAUGCUGUGGUAGAGAAUGCUGGCGUGGCGACUCCAACCUACGAGGAGUGUGAGAAUAUGGAGAGCACUAUCACGGUCAAUGUCAUAUCCACAUUCUUGAUGGCAUUGCUGCUGCUUCCCAAGCUGCGAGCAGACGCUGUCAAGUACAAUAUUACACCACAUCUGACCAUUGUAGCGUCAGAUGCCCAUGAACAGGCCUCCUUCAGAGAACAAUCCGCACCACGCAUAUUCUCAGCCCUCAGGUCCCCAAAAUACCAAUCCGACAAAUACAAUGUCUCUAAACUUCUCGAAAUUCUUACUAUUCGCGAAUUGGCUCCCGCAAUGUCAUCGUCAGGGAAACCCAAGAUCAUUCUGAACACCCUCACACCUGGCUUUUGCCAUUCCGAGUUGAUGAGGCAUGCAUCCUUUCCGCUCAAUCUCCUUGGUUGGAUCGGGAAGAUUCUGAUUGGGAGGACUACAGAGAUGGGAAGUCGAACAUUGGUUGCUGCCGCCUGUGCUGGAGAUGAGACGCAUGGCACAUACAUGACCGAUUGUAAGGUCAGGGAUCCAAGCAAGUGGGUUCAAAGUGAGAAAGGCAAAGAUGCACAACAAAGGGUGUACAAGGAAUUGCUAGGAAUCUUGGAAGAGAUUGAGCCCGGGGUGACCAAGAAUAUCUGAAGCUUUAGUGUCCCAAUUUGGAUCUUGUAUUACUACGAACAGAUGCAAAAUGAGUC